AGCAUAGACAACGUAUACGUGAGUGUAAGUGCUGUGGUGCUCUGUGGCUUGUGAAGCAAGCAUUCAUUUUGUGACGUUGCUGAAGAAUUAUUGAUUACUGUUUGUUUUGGAAUUAUUUAUUAUUGUGUAAAAUUAACUUACUGUUUGCGAUGAUUACGUAUGAAAUGCCAUUGCUUCUUCGCCUUAUGACGAGGCCAGAAUUGGUAUCAACAUUGAAACGCACAGCCGGAAUUAUAUUUGAUCAAGGAGGAAUUAUAAGGCGAUUAGAUAGUUUGGGAACCAAAGAUUUGCCCUAUAGAAUUAGCUCCCAUGGCGCUGUUCAUAGGCGUGCCAGCCAAUUUAUUAUUGAAUUUGUCGUUCCUCCAAGUUCCAUCAAGAUCCUUAAAGAUGAAUUUGAAAGAGAUAUAGAUGUUGUGAGAUCUCGAAUAUAUAAAGUGGAAGAAUUGACUCCCGUUGAGUGUACCUUACAUGAAGAGAUACUUCCUCCUGCAUACAGGAAAGAUGUCCAGGAAAUGGUGGAACUAGCUAAGAAAAAGUUCAAACCGAAGUUCAAAAACAAUACUGGUUUGAGUUACUACCCAUUCCAAAAGUGAGGUGCUCAAGAAAAGAUGUGGUAGUGAUUUAUUUAGUGUGGUCUCUUUUCAAUGAUGAAAAAUGUUUCAUAUCUAUGACCGAAUCGUAGACAUUGAUUGAUUUUUUAAGAAAACAAUAUUUUGUAUUUAGGAAUCUAGUUGUGUGAAUUUUCUAUAAGCAAAAUGGCAUACAGUGUUAGUAUAUCUGUGGAAGCUCCUAUCGAGAAUCAGAUACAAGAAAUAACAUAUGAUGGGCAAGAAUUAUAUCAAUCGCCUCUUUCAAUGUCAGAAAAUCUUGCCAGAUUGGCUCAGAAAAUUGAUUUUAAUAAGGUGAUUCCCGAAGAAGUUGAGAAAGAAAACAGUGAUUCGUUAGAAAAGAGUGAUGAUGAAAGUUCCUCAAAAGAUUCUGCAGCAUUUCAAUCCUCAUUGUGGCCAUGGGAUUCUGUGAGGAAUAAAUUGAGAAAUGCAUUGACAGAAGUGUGUGUUUUAUCUGAUGUAUUAGCAAUCGCUAAAGAAAAACGUUACAUGGUACUUGACCCUGUGCCACAAGAAGGUGUUGAAACAAAACCAAUGGUGCAGGUAUAUGCAAGAAAGAAAGCAUUGGCUGGUGCUGCAACAGUACUUCUUACAGGUGCAGAGAGACUUCGUACCUCACAAACAGAGAUUUCUCGAAAUAGGACUACUCCAGAUUUCCAUAUAGAAUUAUUGCGACUUCGUCAAAACUGGCGGCUCAAAAAGGUUUCAAAUUCAAUUAUUGGUGAUCUGAGCUACAGAACAGCUGGAUCAAAAUAUGCACAAACAGGGAUGUUUGAAGUAACUAAAGCCGAAGAAGAAAAUCCCACCACAGGUAGCCCUCCUCCUUCCCCUGGCCCUGGAGGAGCUCCAAAGCCCAGUUCCGCUCUGCGCGUUAUGGUACCAAGUGAGUUGCAAGGUGUUGCAUACAUAGAGGUCUUAUGUCAGAAAGAUCAAGAAGACUUGUGUAGUGCAUCUAUAAAUGUUUUGGGUUCUGGACCAACCGCUACAAAUCCGGAUAUUCACUGGCAGCAGAAACUUGAAGCCGCUCAGAAUGUACUAUUUUGUAAAGAGCUAUUUAAUCAACUUGCCAAAGAGGCUGUACAGUUACAAGCUCCCAUUCCUCACAUGGUUGUUGGUAACCAGAUAAUGGCAACUGUGUUACCUGGUAUUCAGCUUAUAAUAAGUCUCUGUCACAGUACAGGAACUGAUAAGAAACCUCCAUCCCAAACCCCACCUCAAAAAUCAGAACAUGAUCAUGUGCUAGAGCAUUCCUUGCACCAGCUUUUGCGAGAGGUCCAUCAUAAAAAUACUCAUCAUCCUUUCCCACAUCCAUCCUCUGGACCAAUUGGCCCUAGCAAAAAGCGCUGCCUCGCAGGGCCAAUGGCUGCCGACAGAUAUGAACUUAUGGAAAUGAUGAAGAGCCAGACACUCUUGGAGCAAAUAAUCCAACAAGCCCAGCAUUUCUUUAUGCGUCUAAGAACAGAAUAUGUGCUGGAUACAAUUGCCAAAGAAGUAAAGGAUCCACUAAUUGUCUCUCAUUGGAAUGCAUUGAAUUCACCUACUCAGUCUUGCGUAAAAAUCAAUAUAAUGACUCAUGGCUAUGAUUCUGUGUGUCGUACCUCCCUUAUUGUUCAUGUUGGAGAAAAGUCUUUAAAAUGUGUUUGUAGGGAUGGACGUGUAAUGCACAUGUCAUAUGAACCUCAGGAAUUGAGAGAUCUAAUUUUUUGUCAAAUUUAUCAACAUCAGAUAACUGCAGUUCAAGCAUUAGCAAAAUGCAUGGGGUGGCAGUUCUUAGCAAACAGUUCUCAUCUGGGUCUAGGAGCAGUAGAGCCUCUGGGUAAUGCCAGUAGUUGCAUUCUUGCUUCUCCCAUCGGAGACAGACUGAUUGCUGUGCGGUGUGAACCUCAUAUGGGGGUGCAAGUGGCCAUAGCACAAUCACCUCGGAAAGACUUUUUCCCCGGACAGCUAGUGAAAGAACGGAAGUGGGAGAACUUGGGAGGAAGUUUUAAAGAAGUGCGUUGGGAUAAAAUGGAGGGUAAAAACUUUUUGAAUAAAAUGGAAUUGUUAAUGGCAAGCUUAACUAGCUCAUAGUUUUGUGUUCUUUUUUCAUUCUCUGUUUUACAUAUUAAAAGUUAAAUUAUUAACAUGUUUUGGUAAUUGUUUUCUGUAUUUUCAUUAAACAAAUUGAUUUCAAUAAAUAGUUCUGAUAGUGUGAAACAUGUCUAAUUUCUAACAAAUAUAUAUUUACAGAUUUUGUUUAUUUUGAAAUGUGUAUGGAAAUAAGGUCAGUUAUGCUUUGGAUUUGCUGCACAGUUAUACUGCCAACUUAAAAGUUGAAAGGAAGAAAAUAAUAUGAUUUGAACAUUUGUUUCAUUGCAUUGGAUAAUAAAAGUAAAAAUUUCAAGCAUAAUUAUUUCAAUGAAGAAAUGUUUACAAGUUUAACUUGAUGCAAUGUAGCUUCUACAUCUAAAAUAUACUGUUCUUCAAAUGUGUACAUGUGUGUGUAUGUUUAAAUUAUCAUUUUUCUAUACUGUCUUGUGUAAUUUUUGGAUAGAUAAAUUAAAUACUGAAUCGUGAACAAUUGGUGAAUUAGUCUUGUGUUCAAAAUUCCCUAAGAUAGUAAUGUUCCUAAUUUUACCCCUAUGUUGAAAGAAUAGGUUUCAUGAUAGUCAUGAAGUCUGUAAGAUAAGUCUUACACUCUUAUUGGUUGUUUAUUUGUAGAUAAUAGACCUUUGUGAAAGCUGAUUGCUUAUUAUUAGAGCCUAAAAUUUCUGGCAGUUAUUUUACCUAUAAUAGGCAUGCAAAAGGUCAUUUAUUCUUUAUAAAAUAAGAGGUGCAAAAAGGUACGUACACAAAAGGCAAUUGACCAUACACAAUCACCAUUUAAAAGGAAUUAUUGAAAGAAGAAAAAAAAGAAUUUAAAUGAUUCAAAUGCUUAUUUUAACUCAACUUUUCAUCAGCAUUUACAUAAGAAAAGAUCUUCGUAAUCUAGAUUGCACAUGGCCACCAGAUUUUAUUUUGCACACUCAGUCUUUCAGAAAGAUUCUUUUUCAGUUCUACUACUGAAAAUUACUCUUAGUGACUCAUUAAAUUUCAGUGUGAUGACUACAAAUGUGUUUUUCUUGCAC